AGAGGUUGCGCUGUUUUAUUGGUUUACAUUUAUUACGCUAUAGAGUUUUGCUGAUGUUCAUUGGUGGUUAUGCACCUCCUUCAGUUUGGUGCAUCUGCCCCUUUUCUACUCACUGUUCUGUGACAGUCACCGACCAUUCGGGGGGCCGAGCAGGAGCUGCGUCACUGGCUGCUGAGUGACAGGACACGGGGCCAGGGGCAGUAAUUCGCCUCUACGAUAUUAUAAUCCCCUGCAGGGGACACUGUCUGCAUAGGGACUUCCCUGUAUGUGUCGUGUUGCUGUUAUGUCUUCCACUCAUCCUCGAGUGAAGCGCGGCUCCGGAUCCCCUCCAAACGGCCCCCCGGGGUCAGGCGGAUCAGGGGGCAGCCGACUCUUGCAGCCCAUUCGGGCCACUGUUCCUUACCAGCUGCUGCACAGCCCAAGCCGCUCCCCGUCCGCAUCAGUGGGAAGUAAUACGGAGCCUGGGCCCCCAAGCCCUUCCAAUGGCACCCCGCCUCCCCCACUACUCCAUCAUCAUACGGUCCCCGAGGCACCUGGGACACGAGUCCGUAGGAGAAGAAGCAGCUCUCCUGACAGAAGGAGCCCAGGAUCCCCUGGGAGAAAAGUGGAGCACUCAAAUUCACAACACCUAAGAACGCCCAAUUCGAUCAGACGAACUUCAUCCCUUGACGCUAUAACUGGAACAUAUCUUACUGGGCAGUGGCCACGGGAUCCCCAUGUGCACUACCUUGCAUUCAUGAAUGAUAAAUCUACACAGACACCUAGCUGCUGGGGUGAAGAAGGCACAGAAAGGAAAAACAGUCAUCAGCGUUCUGCAUCCUGGUGUAGUGCUGAUCAGCUCAAAGAGAUUGCCAAACUAAGGCAACAGCUCCAGCGCACAAAGAAUAACAGUCGCCAUAGUAAGGAUAAGGAUGGCCAGUCACCUUUCCAGGGAAAUCAUAUAGCAAUCAAUCACUCUCAGGGUUCUGCAUUAAGAUCAAUCCCAAUGCCCACCUCGAGUAUCUUGGUGCCAAAAUCUAUUGGUUCACGAGUUUCAUGUAAUGUUGAAGGAAUAAGUCCAGAACUUGAAAAAGUCUUCAUAAAGGAAACCAAUGAAAAGGACGAUGUAAAGCCUCAUGAUGUACCUGAUGGCCGCAGAGCACCAUUACCUUCUAACUAUCGUAGUAGUAGCACACGCAGCAUUGACACACAAACUCCUUCUGUCCAUGAGAGAAGUAGCAGCAGCAGCCAUUCUCCGUGUGUGUCUCCUUCAUGCCCUCCUGAGUCACAAGAAGGAAGCCCAUGUUCAACAGAUGACUUGCUAUUCGACAAAGACAGUGGGAGUAACUCACCUCUGCCCAAGUAUGCUUCAUCUCCCAAACCAAACAACAGCUACAUGUUCAAACGAGAGCCCCCAGAGGGAUGUGAGCGAGUGAAGGUCUUUGAGGAAAUCUCGUCCCGUCAACCAGCCUCUACAGCUCUCUUUUCGUGCCCUGACAAAAACAAGGUUAAUUUCAUCCCUACAGGAUCAGCUUUUUGUCCUGUAAAAUUACUAGGGCCCUUGUUGCCUGCUUCAGAUUUAACUCUCAAAAACUCUUCAAAUCCCAUUCAGAUUACACCUGUGAGCACUAUGACUGUUGAAUACCUUUCAUCUCAGGUUUCCUGCUCGUCUCUUUCUGAGAACGCCACCAGCACAGUAGACAGCUAUGAGGCUAAUGGUCAUCCAUCACUCCAGGACCAUAAGCUUGAGAUAGAGAUGCCUGUUGAAGAUCAGGUAUCAUCCACAAAUGCAGCGGCUGCUUCUCUUAACCAUGUUUUACUGUAAUUUACAGCAGAGCUGGCCUCUGCAUCUGAACAAGCUAACUUCAGUCAAGAUCACCGACAUCUGCAUUUGACCAGCUACAAAUACAAUCCUAAAAAAUAAUGCUUAGUGCAAACUAUAAUUUCUGCCAAUGUGUAUCUUGGAGUGGGACUGAAGCAUAUUCUUUUUCUUUUUAAGCUGUAAAUUGUUAAAGUAUAUGGUUAUCACAGUUUGAUUUCAGUGUAGACUAUGCAUUUCAAAGUAUGUCUGACCAGGUAAAUUUUACUCUUUGUGUUCAAAAUGUGCAGCAUUAUUUUCACAAAAUCAAACGCCUGUUCAAUCAGAAAAAUGUACUUGCUUUGUUGUGACUUCUGGCAAAUACUAUAGUUCACAAUGAUGUUUACAGUUGAUACGGGGGGUUUCCUCUGUUUGGUGAAGAAAGCAUCUGUUGUGCACAAUUCUUGCAUCACAGAUCCCUCUGGCACUUAAGUUUAUUUUUGCAUCUUGUUUUAAACACUUGAUUACCCCACAAAUUGCACAGAUCCCAUCCUAAGAUAAAGCUUUCAGGUACUUCUGUUGAACCGUAAACUCAGGUAACUUGGAAUGUAAACCACACUGGGAAAACCCAAUCCUUAUGACUCUAAAAGCAACUCAAGAGUUGCACACCUCUUCAUUUUUUCCCCCUCAAAACAUUCCACAAUUUGGGGUCAAAUCCACUUGGAAGGUCCUGGAUAAGGAUCAUCAGACAAAAACCAGCAAUCCUUGUAUAGAAAGUAAUUGAAUUUAAAUUUAAUUUAAUUUUUUUCAUGUGUCUGUACUUUACUUUAGAAUGCUUAUUCUGACUCCAUCAAGGAUGCAGGUUAUUUAUAUAAAACUAAGCAUUCCAGUUUGACAGUUUAUUCCAUGGAGACCGAGUUGUUUAAAACGCUCACUUAUGUUUCCCUGCACAUCUUUCUCUAAACUCUUCCACACCCUGCUGACCUAACCCUUUUUUUUAAUAUAAAGAUAGUUUUUUUUUUUAUAUAUAUAUAAACCUGUAAAAUAACAGGUUGCCCUUGAUAAAGGAAACAAAGUUAAUGUUUAGUUUCUCUCUGGGAAUGUGAAAUUUGAUGAUGCAUCAAUGGUCAAAUUAAUUUGGCAUUUUGAUAAAUAGCACAAGCAAUACUUAAUUUCCUGCUGAUCAAAAUGUCUAAAAUUAAUAUUAUGUUAAAAUUACUAAUUAAUUUAAGUAGAGUUAUAUACAAACAUUGUCGUUUGUGAUAUAUGCAUCUUUUUUUUCUGCCCCCUCCCCCACCCCCAAGUUGUGGUGUUUUUCCUUAUAAAAUGAUUUUACACAAAUUUAGAUAAUAUAACAUAAGCACAGUUAAUAGAUAAAUUGCCAGUAGGUAUUGCAUAAAUUGUUUCCUGCUGUAAACGUUUCCUUUUUACUUGCCAAAUUAUUUGCCUGUCAUUCAAUAGGAGAAUGUUUGUACUGUAUGUGACCACACAUUCAUAUUUGAAGUUUGACUCCAAAAAUAUUUCCCAUUUAAAAAGUUGCCUUAUCUCUUACUAAUUACUUCCUUUUGCCCAGAAGUUGUAUUUAAUGAAUGUGCUACUGUACAGUGCAGUAUAUAUGAUAAUAGAGAUUUCAAUAUUUAAGUUUUCUAUUUAUAUUUUUAUAUGUUUAAGCAAAUUAAAUCUCUUGGUGUAAAGCUGUUUAUACAGUAUUUAGAAACACUGGAGAAAACGGCGCUAAUGUCAACUUAUCUCAGGUCCUUGCAAAUAUUAAUCAUUAUUGUUAGACUCUGGGAAGUUAAAAUGGAAUUGGGAAGUGAAGCUGAUUUUCUUUCAAGGUUAAUUAUGCCAUUUCCAAUGUUAUUUUAGUUCUUAAUGUUGACUAAUAAAUUAAGGAUGAUAGUUUCCUUCAUGCAUAUUUUACAUGAAUAAACAGUCAUAUCAUUUUCUUUGAGAAACUAAAUAUUAGCUUUCUGUGCACAUUUUAUGUCAUCUGCAUUUUCAUUGUUUUGAAUCAAGGUUGUAAAGAAAUUUAUUCAAAUGCUAUGUAUAUGUCCUAGUUCUCAUUUAAGUAUAAACAGAUGUAGAAUUUUUGUUAAAUAUUGCUAAAAUAUUUGUACAUAGUUAUACUGUUAUUUCUAGCCAAUGUGCUUAACAGUAUUCCAGUUACCACACAAUAUUGCUUGAGCAAAGGAGUGUGUGGCUUUUGUUUUGUAUUUUUUCAGUAGAGAGGUUCUUGUGUCUUUAUUUAAAUAAAGUUGUAGAAAAAAGUAAA